AUGCACAAUGCCUUUGACAGCUCCCCCUUGCUAACCGGCAUCAAAGGCAAGCCAGAAUACAUGAUCGUACAUGGCGCAAAGCUCUUCGUCGGAACAUCGACUGGCUCUCUCAGCAUCUACAGAACAGACCAACCAGAGUCUCAGCAAGACGCAGCCUCUUCAUCCACCUCACCCACUAAACCGCCCUCUAUCCUCUCCACCCGCUCUGGCAUCCAGUUGCCAAAGCUCCCACCAUCCAUCCCGGUCCAGACCUCAGCCCAGUUCUCCAAACGCUCGAUAGACCAACUAGGCAUCAUCAAGGAAGCCAAUUUGCUAAUUUCGCUUUCUGACGGCUAUGUUUCGCUGCAUGAUCUGUCGACGUUGGAAUUGCAAUCGCAGUUGGGUCAGACAAAGGGAGCAACGACGUUUGGGAUCGAUACCUCGAUUCAGAAGCGUGCUGUGCCUAAGAUGCCUGACUAUGGUCCUGGACCGCUAGGUGGGAGAGGCACGAUGAGGGGCGGUGGAGGCACGUACAAUCGGAAUGCGACGAUUGGGUCGCGUGCGUUUAGACUAGGUGCGAUUGGGGAUCAGAAUCAAACCGGUGCUGGAAGUGCAGCGGGAGGGAUGGGAACAGUAGGCAGAAAUAGGUCGAGUGUGUACGAUGUACCUUCAAAAGACUGGCAGGCAGCUAGCAUGCGAGGGAUGGACGCGAUGGUGAAGUACAGAGAAGAGGAGAGGAGAAAGGCGAUGGAAGGUGCACGAUUUGGUGGGGCUGCAGCGGAUGCUGAGGGUCAAGACGGGGUGAUGACAUUGGUGACAGUGCUGGCUGUUGGUGUCAAGCGAAAGCUGCUUGUCUUUCGAUGGAUAGAUGGCGAGUUCUGGGAUACGAGAGAAGUAGCGUUGAAUCACACUCCGCGAAGCUUGGCUUUCGUGACACCGACAAGGCUGUUGAUGGGAUAUAACGCAGCAGAGUACGGAACCAUCUCGAUUCCCCUCGCUGCUGAAUCGACCGUCGCAUACACCCACCCUUCCCCAGGCUAUGGAGGCACAAACAACAACAGCAGCGGCCAGCUUCGUCGCGAGACGCAUGUCCACCCUCCUUCCAACUCCACUUCAGGUCCACUGGUCGAUCUCACCUCGCCCAGCCUCUCCUCGUGGCAUGUGGAAGAUUUUGAUCUGUCCAGCAACAACACUGUCACACCCGAAGGUGGGGAUGCGACAGGUUCGAACCAGCAAACCAGCACUAGCGCUGGGUUCGGUGCAGCACUGGGAGGCUUGAGCGGGCUUGGAGGGUAUAUGGGCCUGAGCAGCAGAGGCAAGAUGUCGGUACUACAUGUAGAUGGCGGCGAGGUGUUGUUCGUCAGGGAUGGCACAGGUAUCUUCUUGGGUGCAGAUGGAAGACCGACUCGAAGAGAAGGCGUUGAGUGGAGCGCAACCCCGCUCGAGGUGGCUUUUGCUAAGCCGUAUGUCUUCAGUGUGCUGCCAAGCGGGUCAGUGCCAUCGUUGAAGAACAGCUCUUUGCCGAACGCCAACAAUCCGGUUUUGCAGAUUCGAUCGGUAGGCACCUUGUUUGCAGUCCAAACACUUUGCUUUCCGCCCGUGUCCGCAACGAGCAGACCUUUGUCUUCGUCAACAUCGCCUCCGCAAGUGAGGCUAUUGACACCAUCGACAGGCAACAAGCCACCGGUGUUUGUCGUGGUCACACCCACCGACCGCAACGCAUUAGAGAGGGAGGGAAGUACCGUUUGGCAGCUCGAGAUGCAGGGCUGGGGACGACAAAUCGACGAGCUCGUCGAAAAAGGCGAAUUUGAGGAAGCGCUUGGUCUGCUUGACAGCGUCGACAAUGUUAUCCUCGAAGACAAGGACGAACGUAGGGCACACGUGCAGGGACUGUUUGCAGUGUCUCUCUUUGCAGACGAGCGAUACGAUGAGGCUGUCGAAAUGUUUAUGGAGCUCGACACGAAUCCAGCCAAAGUCAUUGCGCUGUAUCCGUCCAGUGUAGCAGGCGAGUUGAGCAGGAGCAAGGAGGAGUGGUUCCCGAUCUUUGGUGGUAAGACACCUGCCAAGCUGCGUGUAAGGUCAGGGUCGGAUGCAGGUGAUGCAGCAUCGUUGUCUAGCCCAACGCCUAGUCAUGCAGCUUUGCCUUCUUCGGCGCAAGCUCUGGCGACCUCAGCAACAAAUGCAGCAAGAAAGGGUCUCGGCGCCUUCCUACCAGCUCGGAGACCACAGAGCAUCAUCGGGGAGCCUGCAGGCUUCAGCAGCCCCAGUUCGAGCCCUUCGCAGGCGGGCGCGGUCAGGCCCAAACCGACUCGCACAGUUACAGGUGCCACGAUUGCGACGACGCAAGACGCGGAUCACCUUGCCGAGACCGGCUCGAUCCGAUCUGUCAGGACGACGCGAGAAGCACCCGAGAUGAAGGCGACUGGGUCAGGUGCGAGCCGAGACAAUCGCAACGCCGCUGCCGCUGGUGGCGAUACCUCGUCACGCAAGGCGUUGGAAGCGCUGGGGAAAUUCCUUGCUGACCGUCGACGUAUCUUCAAGCCGAUCCUGGAGUCGAGUCCACACCUUGAGUCGAAAGAUCACAUGGCCAUGUCGCAGAUCAAGCGUGACACGCACUGGCUCCUUUCGCUGCCAAACAAGCGCUUUGGCGAGAUGGACAAGGAUGAGCUGAUUGCUGUAGCGCAAACAGUCGACACGGCGCUGUUCAAGACAUUCCUGCAAACCAAGCCGGCGUUGAUCGGACCUCUAUGUCGAAUCGAAAACUGGUGCGAAGUGGAGCAAGUGGAAGAGCUGCUCAAGGAGCGCAAGAAGUUUUCGGAGCUGAUCGCACUGUACGGAGGCAAAGAGAUGCAUAGCAAAGCACUAGGACUGCUGAAGCAAUUCGCCGAUGACGAGGAUGAUGUGGAAGAGAAGAUGCGGCCCACGAUUCGGUACCUGCAGAACCUGGGGCCAGAGUUCAUUGAUGUGAUCUUAGAGACCUCGCAUUGGCUGUUGGAGGUCAAUAGCGAACUCGGGAUGGAAGUCUUCACCGCCGAUGCGGGUAAGGUGGGGUCAUGGCCGCGACUGGAGAUCGUCGAUGAUCUCAAUCGGUUCGAUAAGGAACUCUGUGCCGCGUAUCUGGAGUAUAUCAUCGAGAAUGCGGGAGAAGCAGAUCCCAAGCUGCACGAUAAGCUGAUUAGACUCUACCUCCGAAGAGCUGCCGACCUUGGGGAGCGUCUGCAGUCCAAGGACGAGGCGGGCGCAAAUGACUCUCAAGCGCAAGCUGAUGGAAAGCAAGGCAAUCAAAGCACAACGCCGCAGUCGCUGCGAAGCGAGCGCGAGGAGCUGAUGCAAAAGCUGCUCAGGUUCUUGCGAAGCUCGACACAGUAUCGACCUGAGCAGAUCCUGGUUAGGCUACCCGCAGACGAUGAUGACCGAGAUAUGCUAGAAGCGAGAGCGUUGCUGCUAGGCAGGAUGGGCCAGCACGAAGGAGCUCUGAGCAUCUAUGUUCGGAAGCUGCAAGAUGCGACAAGAGCAGAAGAAUACUGUCGAGACGUUUGGCGGUACCGCGCAGCCUGCAAGCCUUCAUCAUCGACUUUCAAGCAGGCACAGCAAGAGUCGCAGCAAGGGCAGCAAGAAGGUGGACGAUCAAACCAUCAGCAAAGCCUUCUCAUCGACCACGAGCAAAAGCAGCGAGCUGACCGAGAAGUUUUCCUCACGCUCCUACGCAUCUACUUGGAUACAAGCUCGUCUGCUUGGAUCCAGCUGGACUCUGCGCUGGGCCUCAUGGAGAGGCAUGCAGCAAGAAUUGACCUCCGCUCGGCACUGGAUCUUCUUCCAUCGUCGGUCUCCCUAUCACAGAUUGCAGGGUUCGUCAAUGUGAACCUUCGAGACUUAACACGCAAGCAACACGAGGCGCGAGUAAUCGGCGAGAUGCGCACCAACCGCAACUGGCAGGUGGAAGAGACUCUUUGCAAGUUGCAAAGCAGGCGGGUCAAAGUUGGCGAGUCGAGGACGUGUCCCAAGUGCCACAAGCGGCUGGGGAACAGUGUUGUGGCGGUGAAGCCAGUGAGUGGAGCAGUGAUGCACUACUUUUGCUCGAUUCAUGCUGAGCAAAAAGGGCAGCAAAGACCGUCAUGA